GGCUCCUUCCUGGUCCUCAGCUCUGUAUACUCCAGUCAGCUCUGCUAGCAAAACAGACAAUGUGCUGCUGUUUCAAGCAGGGCAGACACACCAAAUGCAGCGGAGCAAGGAACACAUCGCAGCCUGAGAGAGGAAAUCACACCCAAAAAUAUCCCUCCUUCCCAGGCAAAUGCUCACUCCUGACAGAGCCAGCAGAAGGAGGAACAGCAACCAGAAAAAGCAUCAGCGGCGACAGUUAGAGGGUCAGUGAGAUGGGCUGCUCAUCAGGUCGCUUGCCCUGCCAGCAUCCAGCCUCCGCACAGCUGGCCAUGCUGGACCCUGAAUGCAGCCUGGCCCGUGACGGGAUGCCCCCGAUGGCUGUACCCAAAGCCCCAGAGGAUCUGUCCACAUUGGAGCGUCUGUCCCAGGCCACCGGCGGCACUGAGAAGUCCUGGUACCGCUGUGUGUUUCCCUUUGGGGUCAUCUCAUUGGUGAUCGGUAUGGCGGGAACCGGCGUCACGUUCACCUUCAACACGCUGCCCCAAACUAAAGUGGUGUCUCUGGUGCUGCUGGUCACUGGGUUCGUCAUGCUGUUGAUAGCAGCCGUGUGCUGGAAGGUGCAUCGGUCUCGGAGGAGAGAAAAGAAGGAGGGAGGCAUCUUCAGCUCGGAGCAGUGCACUCUAUGAAAUGCGCUUCACAAAAUCAGAAGUUUUUCUGGUGCUCUGAAAAGAUAAAUAACCAGUUUGAGGGUAAGCUGUCUGUAACAUCUCGUCACUGUCGCUGAUGGCCUGUGGAAAAAUUGCGACGGUACACAGACAAAUGCAUUUUAUCAGUUGUGUUUCUAUUAGGUAAAAGUCAGAAAGAAACAAUGACAAUGGAGGAGCCCUGUGAGUGUCUGUGUAUGUGUGUGUGUGUGUAUUGUGUUUAAACCUGGAGAAUCUGUCUUUGGAGAAACUGGAGAUUUUAAACCUUAAAUGCUGCAACUUUCCCUGCUUUCUUCUUGAGAGAUUUAUGAAAGUAGGAUGCAAAAUAAAAUCAUGGAAGUCUCUGGACAGAUGACUCCAGGUCAGUUAAGGAAGGCUUUAGUGAGAAAUAUAAACACUGAUGGAUGAAAGAAUGACAAAUACUUACAUUAACAAGUAUAUCAUUUUUUAUUAAGUAACAUGCAGUGCCAGGAUU